AUGACAUCGUUACAAUCCUCCACUUUUUACAACCAUCAAUCACACAACAAUGAUCAGCAACAGCAACAGCAACAGCAACAGCAACAACAUCUGCAGCAACCACAAAACCUGCAGCAGCAACAGGGAUUACCACAAACUCAACAAAGUUCCACUGGUGAGAUACCGUCACAAAUACCUGCUUCGUAUUACGCGACAUUAGACGGUGGUGUAUCUCCGACUUCAAGUACUACAUCGUCAUCAUACUUCGAUAACAUUGAAUACCAUAACCAAAAUAAUGCACAUCAGGUCCAUAACCAGCCUCAAUACCAACAACAUCACCCAUUACACCAGCAACAACAGCAGCAGCAGCAACAACAACCACAGCUUGAACAUGUGCCAUCAAACCACACGGUCAAUGCAACAUCAACAACCCAAGAUGGUUCCAACUCCGACAUGCUUAAUAACAGCGUCACCCCCAUGGAAGACAAUAACAACUUACAUACGACAGCAGAAGCAGAAGACGUGGGGUCUUCUGCUGCUGCGUCAGUAGAGGCAACAUCAACAGAACAACCAUUUUACGUCAAUGCCAAACAAUACCAUCGUAUAUUGAAAAGACGUAUAGCACGAGCAAAAUUGGAGGAAAAUUUAAAAAUUGCCAGAAUCAGGAAACCAUAUUUACAUGAGUCGAGACAUAAACACGCAAUGAGAAGACCUAGGGGUCAAGGUGGUCGAUUUUUAACUGCUAGUGAAAUUGCUGAAUUGGAGAAGAAAAAGAAACAAGAAGAGUUGGAGCAGCAACAGGGGCAACAACAACAGGAGCAGCAACAGGAACAGCAACAGGAACAACAACUGGUGAAAUUGAAUCAGGAACAGACUGUUGGUGGAGAAAGUGUAGAAGAGAAUACAGGAAAUGCCAAUGGUAAUGAUAGUGGUGGUAUAGCUACCGCCAAUAAUGACAUGCGAAAUAUGAGGAAUAACAGUACCAUCAAAAUUGAAUCAAAUGGGGGAGACAAUCAGCAGAGUAUCAAUAACAACAAUAACAACAACGACGAAAACGAGCUAAAUGACAAUUUUGCUGGUGAUGACUUUGUUCCAACUGAGCUAAACGGAGUAAAUAUUGCUGCAGAAACAGACGCAAUAAAAUCGGAGAAUUCAAGCUGA